CUCCCUCCCUCCGCUUCUUUGGGAGGCACGGAGCCGCGGAACGGAUGGGCCCGGGAAAGGCCUGAGGGGCAUCGAGUCCAACCUGGGACCGAACACCACCGUGACAACUAGACUGUGCCACAGAGUGCCACGUCCAGUCUUUCCUUAAACGCUCCCAAGGACGGUGGCCUCACCGCCUCCCUGGGCAGCCCAUGCCAGUAUCUAGUCGCUCUUUCUGUGGAGAAAUUCUUCCUGAUGGUCAGCCUGAAUCUCCUGUGAUGCAGCUUAAGAUUAUGUUCUCUCAUCCUGUCGCUGGUUGUCUGGGAGAAGGGACUGACCCCCAUCUGGCUACGACCUCAUUGGAGGGAGCUGUGGAGAGCUGUAAUGUCACCCCUGAGCCUCCUUCUCUAAACACCCCCAGCUCCAUCAGCUGCUCCUCCUAAGAUUUGUGCUCCAGACUCUUGGGCUACUCCAUUGCCCUUCUCUGGACUUGCUCCAGCACCCCAAUAUCCCUUCUGAAUUGAGGGGCCCAAAACUGGGCACAGUCCCUGAGGUGUGGCACUGCUUGGGUGAGACCCAAGGGGUCCUGGAAGCGCCGGGCCAGAAACGUGGUACGUGGGUGUUUGCCUCAGUACCCCUGUGUGAUAACCCCUCAUCCCCGAGAGAAUGGUGUGAGGCUGCGUCACGAGAAGUUUAGGUCAAAUCCUGGGGAAAGGUUUUCACCCAAAGGGUGCCUGGGCCCUGACAGGGAUGCGGUCACAGUGGUCACCAGCCGGACAGUUCAAGAAGUGUUUCAACAGUGCUCUCAGCCCCGUGGUGACUCUUGCGGAUGGUCCUGCUGCACAGGGACAGGAGCUGGACUAUGAUGAUCCCUUCCAUCUUGUCGGAACCCAGGACACCCUCUGGGUGCCCUGGAUGGCACGUGUCCCUGGCAGGGGGCUGGGGAGUCCUGGCAGGAAGCCAAAGACACUUGGGAUUUCGAUCUUAACCCAUGGAGCAAAUUACCAACCUUUACGAAGAAUUACAAGUCACAAAAGUUUAAGUAGCAUAAUAGUAGUUGUCACAGGGUGAAAAGUAGAAUUUUGGGAUUUUUAGAAUGGGGUUUGGAGUCCCAAGAUGGAGGAAUUUGGGCGUUCCCUGUCCUUCUUCUUUCUCCUUCCUAACCUCCAUGUUCUGGGUGAUGCUGGCACUUUUAGAUUGGUUUAUAGUAGAGACAGAUUGUCUAACAUAGGUGAUAAUAUUGGAAAAUGAUAAAUAAAGUACAUGUAACUCAUAAUAUAAAAUGCAGACACCAGCCCAGGGGUGGACAGUGUACCCUUGACAGACCUGCAGAGCAGACCUCUGCAGGUCUGAGAAAAAGUAUUUUAGAUAAUAGACAAUAAACAACCUUGUGAAACAGAGCCGAAGAAUUCCGACUCUUUCUUCGACCAUAGGGCUGGGAAAAAGGGACUCUUGGGGUCAUCUUGGACACAGGGAACCCGAGACCAUCUCAGGAUAUUCUGUGUCCAUCAGCCCUCAGUUCCCCAUUCCCCAUCCCACAGGCUGUGCCCUGACACUGGAGGAGCAGCACUCAGAGGGCUGUGGUGUCACCAGGGCCAGAUCUGGAUUCUCUGGCUGCUCUUUCAGGAGGCUGAGCACCGGUCAGUACAGCCUGGCCUUGAACAGCUGCUUGAAAAUCAAACAUGGAAAGAUAGUUUUGUUUCAAAAUGCAUCAUCCAUCAAAUGCAAUCCACUGGGUGCCGUCUCGCAAGGAAGAAGCAUUACUGAUGGCUGGAUUUAUCACAAAGAGCAGCAUUUGUGAAACUGGAGAGAUGGAAGAUCACAAAAUCAGAGUUUCCUGGUUACAGUAAAAAGAAGAUGAAAUCACACAGUUCAUUGGUGGAACUGCUCUUCUAUCAAAAGUUACAGCAGUAGAAGCAUGAGGAUUAAAUAUUUGAAGCUGCUCUUGUUUUUCUGCCAUGUAGCAUCCUGACAUUUCUUUGUGAAGGAAAGAAUGUGUCAGGGUUAGCAUUAGCAUGACUUCUCCUGCAAGUCUGGAAAAACAUCUGUCAUUCUGCCAGUCUUCCCAUUAACUACCUGAGCAAAUGCAGCGAGAAGAUUUCAUUACUUUCAAGAGACUAGCUCUGCUUUUAUUCUUUGCUAGACCUUUUGUUUUCAACAAUUGCGAAAAGGAAAAGGAGAAUCAGUGAAAUCUGAUUGCCUGGCACCAGCAAAGGAGAUUAUGAUGUGAACCAACAGUAGCAGCAUAUACUGACUGUUACCAAGUAAUACAUAAUAUGGAUCCUGUUCUGCUCGGAUUUGACAUGCAUUCUGCAGAAACCCAUUUCCCCUUCCUAUGGCACAGAUUCCAUGCACACCCUAUCUUCCUGAGAGAUAACCAAUUGGAUACUGGACAACAAAAGACGUAAUCAGACUCCGCUGACCUGUUUAACCCUGAUUGUGAAGGAUGGAAAGCAGUAGCUGCUUUCUGUGGAACAGCACUUCUGUGGCACUUGCUUCUUUCCUUUGGGAUGAUAUUGGCAUAAGGGCAUCAAGGUAUUGAAGUCAUAAUGUUGUGAGUUUAUACAUGCCAGACUGUGUGCCACCACUUUCUGAAGCAGGUAUGUUCUUUGAAUAACUUUGCCUUAUUUUUCAGCACGAAUCCAAAUGAACUAUGGGUAUUAUAAGAAAAAAAGGCAUAUUAUUACAACCUCUGUAUAAAAUGCUUAAUGCUGGGUAGUGUAAAAUCAGCACACAAGGAGCUGAAGUUAACUGGGGUCCCAUCUUCUUAGGAGAUGUGGAAUUGUUACCAGAAUUUGGACUGGUUUUAAUAGUUUUAUUGUCAUUCAAGGAAGAAAACAACAUCUUCUUGACUUGGUUCUACUGGAACAAAAAUAAGUAGCUCAAAAAUAGAAUUCUAAUUUAAUUUCAGCCAUGACGAAUGUAUCUAGUACUGAAAUUGUGACUGUUACAUCUUCCUUAAUAAGGAGAGUUUAACUUUUUCUAGAAAAGUAUUGUCUCAUUGCACAAUGUAUUUUUAUAGGACUGCUUUAAAUAAGUAAGAAAUAAUUUUGAAUAGCUAAAGUUAAAGCUUCAAGUUGAUUAAUCACUAGAAGACUGAAUAGGCUAUUGAGUCUAAAUUUCCAUAGCUGACUAGGUUAUUAAAAUUAUUUUAUGAGAAAGUAGAAAUUACAUCACCUUGUAGUUCUUCAAAAUUAAAUCCACCAUAACUUUAAUUUUGGUUUAUGCUUCAGGGCUGCCAGGUAGCUGAUCAGCAUUAUGUCACAAAUUUUUAACUAAUGCUGUAUAUCUAUGACUUCACGUGGUUGCUGCCAUUACCUUGUGCAUUAACAGGCUUCAUGUGCUUUGCAUGAUUCCAGUGCCAGGAUAGAUCCCAGGAUUAUGCUAAAUAUGCUCUAGGCAUGCCAUCAUGAACAAAAGACAUGGUCACUGCUGCAGGUGGUAAAGUAAUAUCUAGAUACUCAUAUGCCAUUUCAUUUUCUAAUUGUUAACUUAAAACCAAAAGUUCAGUACCUUUAAUUGAGGGAUUGUUUACCACACUUAAAAGUAGAAAGGUAUUUUUUUUCAACAGGUCAAAGGACCCUUAAUUGUGAGUUGGUUGAUCAGAAAAAAAACCCAUCAAAGUAAAUGACUACGUGGAUUAGGUUUCUCUGUGUGCUUACAUGGUAUUUGAUUUUCUUUUUCAUAUUGAAUAAUAUCAAAGAACUUAAAAGUGUAACAUGAUUGGUUCUGAACCAAAAUGUGGCUUAGUAAAUAAUAUAUGAAUAAUGUCAUGCUAGUGUUUCUAGCUCAGCAAUGAGAAGGGUGUAAUGAAAGAGAGGGUAGUCUUACCUAACAAAGCUGGUUUACAGAAAUUUUUCUUAUGACUGGGAUUACAGCUCACUUUUAGGCAUUUUAUGUAGAAUCCUAGAAUGGUUUGAGUUGGAAGGGACCUUAAAGGUCAUCUAGUUCCAGCCCCCUACCCUGGGCAAGGACACUUUCCACUAAAUCAGGUUGCUCAGAGCCUCAUCCAGCCUGGCCUUGAAAACCUCCAGGGACGGGACAGCCACAGCUUCUCGUGGCAACCUGUUCCAGUGAUUCACCACCCUCACAGUGAAGAAUUUAUUUCUAAUAUCUAAUCUAAAUUUAGCCCUUGCAGCUUAAAGCCUUUCCUACUUGCCCUGUUACUGCAUGUACUUGUAAAAAGUCCCUCUCCAGGUCUCUUAGAGGCCCUCUCUAAAGAUUGGAAAGGUGCUAGAAGGAGUUUCUGCUCUUUGAGUUUCUUUGUGUCAUUGCCUAGCAUUAGCUAGGUCUGGUUUAAAAAUGUUUAAUUCUUCAAAUCCAAAAGGAUUAACUACACACCAUAAGGAGAUAGUCAAACCAUUCAGUGAAGAAUCAUUGGUUUGUUCGCUUCUCUUCUGUAAUAAAGGAAGGAAAAAAUGUUAGAUCUGAAGUGGACUAAAUCUGUCAGUCUGUGCUUGCACUAUGCUGUAAGGGUACCAUGUUAAAUUUGUCAUUAAUUCAGUCCUAAGUCUUGUAUCUCAGACCGUGAUAGAUGUCAGUACUUCCCAUGAAGAAUUUUUUUAUAAAGUUACUUUUUUAAUACCAGGGUCAAUUCUUGGUAUCUACUCUCAUCAUGUAGGUCCAAAUUCACUCCACUGGUUCUCAGGGUCAUGGCUGGGAGUCACAGAAACAAUCAGGUUGGAAAAGAUCAUCAAGUCCAAUCUAUGACUGAACACUACCACAUCAACUAAACCAUGGCACAAAGUGCCACAUCCAGUCUUUCCUUAAACACCUCCAGGGACAGUGGCUCCAGCACCUCCCCGGCAGCCCAUUGCAAUAUCUAAUCACUCUUUCUGUGAAUAAAUUCUUCUUAUGUCUGACUGAGACCUCCCCUAGUGUACCUUAAGACUGUGUCCUCUUGUCCUGUCGCUGUUUGUCUGGGAGAAGAAACCAACCCCCACCUGGCUACAAUCUUCUUUCAAGGAGUUGUAGGGAGUGGUAAGGUCACCCUUGAGCUUCCUUUUCUCCAGGCCAAACACCCACAGCUGCCUCAGCUGCUCCUCAUCAGACUUGUGCUCCAGACCCUUCACCAGCUCCAUUGCUCUUUUCUGAACUUGCUUCAGCACCUCAGUGUUCUCCCUAAAUUGAGGGCCUGGAACUGGACACAAUAUUCAAGUCAUCCUGAGCACACUGUGGAGAUAAUAGGAAGAAAGUCCUUGGCCAGUUGUUCUCAGAGUCUGUAUGUCUGUUGACAAAAUAAAGAAUCUAGUUUGAUUCAGAGUCAAAUCUAAUCACAAUUUAAGCACCUAAGAUUAGUUAGACUGAACCUGAACCCUUGUGUUGAGAAAGCAAAAAUUCUCCAAUUUGUUGCAUUAAGUAAUACUCAGAGGUACAAAGCUCUUACCCCGCUGUAAGAAGUCAAUAACCUCAACAAAUAGUGGAAUAAAUCUCCUAAGACUUAGUAAAGAAAAAUGUAAACAAACACAAAUAAAACUAGGUGGAAAUAUAAUGUCUGGGUAUUAAUGCUAUAGCAAAUUUAUCUAUUCAUUUCAGUGACAGCAACAUCAAAUCUUUACUAUGAACAGUUCUACCCAACACAAAAGCUUCUGCUGUUUGGUUUUAUGCUUUUACAUUUUCUCUUUUUUUUUUUCCUAAUUGUAAAAUAUACUAAAGGACAGAGGAUAAUAUAGAGGAGAUUUUAUUCUAGAUUCACUUUCAUGUAUUUUUGACCUUUUGCUGACUGAUAAAAACAUAUUAAAAUGAGUGAUAACAAAUACUAUCUCUAUAUACUUGCAGUCCCUGGUAUUUUAAAUUAUGUUCUACAUUAGCAGCUUUGGUAAUGCACUGCAAUAAUGGCUGAACAAAGGCAACGUGCUUUGUCAACAUCAGGUGAAGCAUUAUAUGAAAUCCUGGCACUAGAGAAGGGAGCAACACAUGAUGAGAUUAAGAAGUCCUACAGAAAAUUGGCUCUGAAGUAUCAUCCUGACAAAAAUCCAGACAAUCCAGAGGCUGCAGAAAAAUUUAAAGAGAUCAACAAUGCUCAUGCAACCCUGACUGACCUGUCCAAGCGAAACAUAUAUGACAAGUAUGGAUCAUUAGGGCUCUAUGUGGCGGAACAGUUUGGUGAGGAAAAUGUUAACACCUACUUCAUGCUCUCAAGCUGGUGGGCAAAGGGCCUGUUUGCAGUCUGUGGUUUGCUGACUGGCUGCUACCUCUGCUGCUGUCUCUGCUGCUGCUUCAACUGCUGCUGUGGAAAGUGCAAACCGAAGGCACCCGAGGGGGAACAGCAGGAGUUUUGUGUGUCUCCAGAAGAUUUGGAAGAGCAAAUUAAGAAUGACAUGGAAAGAGAUGGAGAAACUCCUAUCACGCUUCAGCCGACGAACGUCACCGAGAAGACCCAGCUGAUUGGGGACAGCCAUCGGAGCUAUCGCACGGAGUCCUAGGGCAGGCCAGGGACCUGCUGGGCUUCUCACUGACUCUCACUGUGAGAAAAACAUGAGAUAAGUUCUGCAGCCUGUGUUCAUUGUUGUCUUUAAGCUAAUCAAGAGUAACCUGAGAGUAAUUUCCUACCAAGGCAGAAUCUCACUCUAUGCUACUUCCAAUAGUUUGAUACCUGCACUGUCUAUGGAGAUACCUGUGGCCUGUACAGAGCAUGCUGGCCUCUCACAGCUUCAAAUUGUCUUUCCCUCUAAUAAUGUUCCCUUUGACAUACCUGGUCUUCUCCCUGCCUGCACCUGUAGUUUCACCUCCCAGACACAGUCCUGAGUCCCUUUAUGGACACACUGGCUGGCUCUCCCCGCCCCAGGAACUUUCCCUGCGCGCAGCAGUUUUGCUGGAUGUGAAACAUUCCUGUGAGGGAGACCCAGAAGUGGUCUUUAGCUGGUCUCAGAGAGAAAGUUGUUAGCAAGACAGAUGGGGCUCUCCUUCCCAGAGAAGUGCUCUUUGGAGGACAGCUAGUGGCUUGCUGGGACCCAGCUCUGGCAAGUAUAAAUCCUGAGCCAAGACAAAGUGCUAGGAGAUUUUUCUGAUGGUUGUUACAGUGCAGGUCACUCCAAAUCCAGGAGCCUCAUUCAGAAGCACAUAUAAGCUCUGCAUCUUCCCCAGCAAAAGCUGCAAACUCAUGAGACAAACCCUGGGCUGUCCCAGAGCCUGUCUCCUCCUCCCACAGGCCCGUGGCAAAGCUCCUCCUUUUGGUUCCCAGCCAACAGCUUUCUGCCAGCUGGCUAUUGCACCGUGCCCUUGGCUUGUGGCCCUGCUGCCCUGCUGGCACUGGGCUGGGAGCCAUCCCAGCAGCACAGGCACUGGGGCUGUGGGAGCAGCAAGGACUUGGCAGGAAAAGCAAGCAGCAAAGGAGUGACCGUCCUCCUCACCAGCUCUUUGGGGUAAGACUGAAACCUCCCUUCUGUGCCAGGCACAGGGGCUUUAAGAGCACAUGGCAUGAUUUUAAAUAAAGAGGCAGGAAUGAGGUGUAUGUUCAGGUGUACCACUGUGCAAAUCACUGGAGAUACAUGGGGGUAUGGCUAAGGAAGCAUGAAGAGCUUGGGCCACUAAUUUGUAAGAGCUAAAGGAAUACCUCUUAAAUCUUAAGCUUAGCACCUCCCUAAUUUGACAUAGUAGUUGAAGCCUGAGGCAGCAGAAUUUCUCUUUAUUGAUAAUUUUACAUCCAUCAUUGUCAGUUCUGUUAUUUUCUCUUUUUGCAUGCUGUGGUCUAAAGGGGGGUCACAAUGUUCCACUGAAUUGUACAGACUUGUGAAUAUAUAACUAGCCAAAAGUGGUGUUCCCUUGCUUAAAAUUGGAUCCUGCAGUUGUGAAACAUUAUUAUCUUCCUUCUGUUCUCACCUGUGACAUCAAAUGUCAUUCAACUAAAUAUAUUGGGAAAAUAAUGUGUUUUAUAGAACCAGCUGUAACUCCAAAGUCAAUACUACUUUCAAUGUUUCUUUAGAAGUCCCACAACACAAGGAUAUUUUCAAGACCAUUACUUCCUGUUCAAGUUAUAUAUCUGUUCUCUGGAUGCAGGCACUGGCGACAGCCAACACAUCGCCCUCAGAAAUGGCCCUGGUUUUCUGCUGCAGAAAACAGGGAAAAGAUGCUGGCAUGGCCAGAGUGCACAGGCACUCGCUUCCCUCCUACCCAGAGGCUCCUCUCUGUCCUCAGUUGCAGUGAUUUUGGAAACCACUCGUGUGUACAUAAUUCCAGACCGCCAUCCUACCUGCCCACUGAGGAUGUGCCCAUCCAGCCCAGUGGUGCCAGGAGAGGGGCUGGUGCCACCAUCCUGCCGCUGAGGACACAUGACCCCAGAGUCACGUCUUGCCAGUGAGUGCUGCACAUCUUCCCGUCGGGGGGAUGGAUCAGACAGCACUGGGGUGGGGUGGGAUGGGCAGAGCCCAGAGACCUGGGGUGUGCUGUGGACAUCAGCACACAAACUCCUCUUUUGGCUUUCUCCACUAUUCCCUUUUUCAGGGUGUUUGUUCUGGCACAGGAUGCUAUCCCCAGUGAAGGAGUAGGGACAGCACAUAGUGAAUAACAAAUCUGCAGGUGGAAGUAAUUCCUAGGUUUCACUGGCUGAUAGAGAAAUUCAGUGUGAAAGUGUCCAGAUGUUACCUAGUGACUAUUUCCAGCAGAGAGCUGAAAAAGGGAGAAAAGUCUGGUGUAAAGCUAUGUUUUAUACGUGGAAUCCUUUCCCAUGUGAAAUCCAUCCUACUUUUCCCAUGGAAGUCAAUGGGAAUUGCACCCUUGAUUUCAACAACUGCUACAGAGCAGGCCUAAAGCCAGGGAGGAAGAAGUAAAUGCCAUAAUAGCAAAAGCAAUUGGGGAAUUUUUUUCACAUACAACACCUCCGAUGGGUCUAGAGGGCUAGAACCAAAGUUCACCAAAAUCAAGGAAAUUUUCUCCGUGGGCUUGAGAUGACCACAAGUUAUGUGGUUCUUAUUUACACUUUCUAAAUGAGAGCCUUUUCUUGGGAAGGAUUUAUGGCUGGAUCUCACAGCGUGAAGCAAUGAUGGACAAGCUGCUGCCUGUUUUACAGACAUAGGGCUCUGUACAGAAGAGCCACAACGCAUUAGUUAGCAUGUCAGUUAGCAAAGAAUCUCAGAAGAAACCAGUGACCAAGCCUCUGAGGGGGCUGUCCAGGACUUGCAGCUUAAAGACCUGAGUGUCUGAACUCAUGGUUUAAUUUCAAAUGUGUAACUUAAAGUACCAGAGCAUUUGUGUCUCUCACUGAUGUGAAGAUCAGCUGUUCUGAGGACAUAGGGAAAUAGAAUGAUAAAGGAUUUCAGGACUUAGCUCGUCAAUGUGAUUUUACUCCCUUGUUUGCUUUUCAGAAAAGUUCCUACCAUGAACACAUGCUAACAUUAUCUGCUUUUGUGUACAGUUGAGUUUCACACCCAGAAAUCUUCUCAAAAUGUACAGAUUGUAUUUUUUUCUCUGUUUUGCUAAAUUUAUUUAUAUGUAAACUUCCAUGUAUUCAAAUCUACCUUGGCUGUCAAUCACUCUGACUAAUAAAGGUUGUAUGUAUGAAUUGUAGCACUCCCUUUACCUUGCCACACUGUCAACAACUUAAUUCCAGUAACAGCUAGAGAAGCUGUUGAGACAGCUGGCCCAAGUUACGGCUUUGCUCCCUGGCAAGUGUCAAAU